CUUCACCCCUCAAAAUCCGACCAUCUGCUAUCGUCAAGUGCAAUUUUUUCGAAAUAACGUUAAACUGCAUUAAAUAUGCCGCCUGGCAAAAACUUCAGACGUAGAAGGAACUCGUCAGAUGUGGAGGAGGAUGAGACGACUAGAGAAGUCAGAUCAAAAGUAGAAGAAGCGAAGGAGCUACAGAGUUUGCGGAAACGACAGACCGGAGUCAGUGUGACCGCCCUGUUGGUUGGGGAGAAACUGCCACCAGAUGCUGAAACUGAUAAUGACCCUUUCAAACUGAAGACCGGAGGAGUUAUAGACUUGAAGAAAGCCAUGGAAAGGAAUAGGGACGUGAUAGAAGAGGAGACGGACCUGAACCUGGGCACUUCCUUUUCUGCUGAAACCAACAGAAGAGAUGAGGAUGCGGACAUGAUGAAAUAUAUUGAGACAGAGCUGAGAAAGAAGAAGGGGGUGGUGGAAGCCGAGGAACAGAAAGUUAAGGUGAAAAAUGCAGAGGACCACCUGUAUGAGCUGCCUGAGAGCAUCCGAGUCAACUCCGCCAAGAAGACAGAGGAGAUGUUGUCCAAUCAGAUGUUGAGUGGGAUCCCUGAAGUCGAUCUCGGCAUCGAUGCAAAGAUAAAGAACAUUAUCCAGACAGAGGACGCAAAGGCCAAGCUUCUGGCGGAACAAAGGAACAAGAAAAAAGACCAAGGCACGUCAUUUGUACCCACCAACAUCGCCGUCAACUACGUCCAACACAACCGCUUCUAUCGUGAGGAUGUGAACGCACCACAGAGGCACCACAGACCCCGAGAAGAGCCCAAAGCAAGGCCGCUGCGUGUGGGAGACACGGAGAAACCGGGUCCAGAGGUUUUGUCACCAGCCAACUUCCGUAAACGUCCAAACAACGAAAAGGCCACAGAUGACUACCAUUACGAGAAGUUCAAGAAGAUGAAUCGCCGAUAUUGAGGAGCUGGAUGUUUUUUUUUUCUUCCCAAGAAUAAUUUACUCAACUUGAGAUGCAUCUUUAUUAAGAUUGAAGCCCCCAGAUGAGCCAUGAAGAUAAUUUGACAAACUGUUUUUUUCAAACCAAACCCAAGUCAGUGUAGUGCUUUGUAAAUAUUGUAAACAACUUCUUGUGGUUAACUGUAAACAGUACAUUUGCUUUGUGAUGUGUCAUGUUUAAGGAGAACUCCACAUAAAGGAAAUCACAUGGCCUAAAUGGCUCAGGAUUGUCUGAUAACCAAGGAAAACUAAGUGUUAAAUUGAGUGGUAUUCCUGCUAUGAAUUGAAAGCAGUUCGCUUCUUAUUCCUUAUAGUUGUAUACUUGUUUGAAGGGCUUUAAAAGAAUAAAAACAUGUAAAACUACAA